ACUCUCUUUCUUGAUCUUCUGUUCAUCUCUUCCUGCUCUUGUCAUCUAUUGUUUAUAUGAUGGCCUGAAGGGGAUAAAAUUUUCGCCAAGUUUUUGUAUUAUAUUCCCGCCCCCUUUAACGAGGCUUGACCCAUAGCUCGUGGCGACAGUGCUAGGCGAUACACGUGACGCUACCCCCGUUACGACGAUGGCUUCGUUUAUCAGGAAGUUCUCAGGAGGGUCCAUUGACAAGAAGGACCCUGUGUCGAGUACCAGCGUCGACUCCAAGACUAACCUCUCUGGCGAGGUUAUUGCUGAAGAACAAGGCGAAGCCUACAUCACUAGUGAGGACCGCCGCAAUGUCGGCCGCGUCUCUGCCGCCUUCCUGGUGUUCAACCGCAUGAUAGGAACCGGUAUCUUCGCCACCCCCUCCUCCAUCUUCGCGCAGUCCGGCUCCGUCGGCCUCGCCCUCUUCAUCUGGGUCGCGGGCAUGAUCAUCGCCGGCGCUGGCCUGGCUGUCUACCUUGAAUUCGGCACGGGGCUGCCGCGCAACGGCGGCGAGAAGAACUACCUCGAGUAUGUCUUCCGCAAGCCAAAGUUCCUGGCCACGGCCAUGUACGCUUCAUACGUCGUCCUACUGGGUUGGGCCGGCUCCAACUCCGUCGUCUUCGGCGAGUACAUCCUGCACGCCGCCAACGUUGAGGUGAACCGCUGGAACCAGCGCGGCGUCGGACUUAUCUGCAUCACCACGGCCUUCCUCAUCCACGGCUUCGCCCUGAACUGGGGUUUGCGUCUGCAGAACGUCCUCGGCGUAAUCAAGCUACUCAUCCUCCUCCUCAUCGUCUUCUCCGGCUUCGCCGCCCUGGGCGGCCACCUCCAGCCCGGCGUCGAGAAGCCCGACAACUUCACGAACGCCUUCGCCGGCACCACCGGCUCGGCCUACGGCGUCGUGUCCGCCCUCUACAACGUCAUAUGGUCCUACAUCGGCUAUAGCAACGCCAACUACGCCCUCGCCGAGACCAAGAACCCGGUGCGCACCCUCAAGGUCGCCGCGCCCCUCGCCCUCGGCGCCGUAGCAAUCCUCUACAUGCUCGCCAACAUCGCCUACUUCGCCGCCGUUCCCCGCGAAGAGAUUCUCUCCUCCGGCCGCAUCCUCGCCGCCUCGUUCUUCAGGAACAUGUUUGGCCCCGAAGCCGAGCGCGCGCUCUCCGUCUUCGUCGCGCUGUCGGCGUUUGGCAACGUGCUUUCCGUCAUCUUCUCCCAGGGCCGAUUGGUCCAAGAGAUCGGUCGCGAGGGUAUCUUGCCAUUCUCCCACUUCUGGGCUAGCAACGCCCCCUUCAACACACCCCUGGUCGGCCUCGCAGAGCACUGGCUCGUCUCAGUCACCAUCAUGCUUGCGCCCCCACCAGGAGACGCAUACAACUUCAUCCUAAACGUCAUCUCCUACCCCCUCGCCGUCGUCAAUGUCUUCGUCGCCGGCGCCCUAGUACACCUCUACCUCCACCCCUCCGCUGACCACAGACCCACCUGGUCGCCACCCUUCCGCGCCACGCUGCCGGUGGUUAUCUUCUUCCUGCUGUCGAAUAUCUAUCUCGUUGUCGCGCCGUUCGUGCCGCCGGAUGAGGGACAGAGCAUUUAUAAGGAUAUCCCGUAUUACCUGCAUUGUCUGGUUGGGAUUGCGAUUUUGCUUGCUGGAGCGCUGUACUGGGUCGUUUGGUCUGUGAUUAUGCCUAAGUUGGGUGGGUAUGAGCUUGAUAGAGAGGUGGAUGUUGAUGCGCAUGGGUGGAGUAGGGGGAAGUUUGUGAGGAGGAAGAUUGAGUAGGGGAGCGGUAUCCAUGGGCUUGGCGUUUUUGGGACUAUUUCCGGGAUGGGCUUUUGGGCUGUCCUUGGGUAUGGGAUAGGUGGAUAUAAUGGGACAUAUUAGACUACACGGAACUUCUUAUUUUGAAAUUUAUAUACCCCUCUGAACCACUAUCACUUCUACCACUGCUAUCUGUCUCGCAUCCCCC